AUGACGGAUCGGAGGGCCCAUCACUUCCUUCCCGGCGAUGCCGUGUCAGGUAAAGUCAUCUUGGCCGCAAAAGGUGACGAGAAGAUCAAAGACAUAUCUGUCACAUUCAAGGGGUCAUUGUUCGCAAAAUCUACAGAGGGCAAUUUCAGGGGUACCUACAACUUCGAUAUCUUUAAGCUGAGCGAAACGUUGCUUCAGGGCCCCGCCAAGAUGAAGGCGUCCACCUACGAGUACGCUUUCUUCUUUGAGGUCCCUAAAAGCUUCUUCAAUCCGGUGGCAUGGGAAGGAUAUUCAAAACCUGGUGACCUCUAUUCGGCUCCACUAGGCCCCAUGUGGCCUAUCCCACCUACAUGCGAGGACUCAAGUCAGCUGCGAGACUCUUACACAGAUUGGAAAGUCACAUAUUCUUUAUCUGCCCAGGCUAAGAAAAGCAUGCUGAGCCUAGGAGAUGAGCUUCCUAUUGUUAUUACUUGUGAACCUACCCGAAACCCUAGUCCAGGGGCCAUCAGGCCAGACGCCCAUGACAGCUUCACGCAGCAUUAUACAUUCACAAAUUCGGGCAUCCCACGGCCACUCACUAAGGUCAAACCCAAAGACACUAUCCAACAUAGUGCUGGGAACUACCAAUUGGAUCUCUCUUUGCUAGCAGAGCCCACUACAGCGAUAAUUAUUGGCGAGCCCUUCACGCUGGCGUUCACGCUUCAAAUCAACUCUCCAGAAUCCGACUAUAGGGUGCCUUUACCCGAAUUCCUGCUCAAAGAUUACACUAUCGUUCUCAGGAGCUCCACGACUGCCGGCGUCCCGCAUGAGAAAAAGUCAUUUCUCUGUUCCUCUGUGCUCAGCCCUCUUGCGCUCAGCCCCGACAAGCAUAUUGUCAAUGCCCCUUUGCGGCUCAACGAACCAGUAUUGAUUCAUGAGACGCUUCCUUCGCCAUUUAAAUCGACGCCGUCUUUCAAAACGGUGCUUCUGGAGAGGAGGUACUUUUUCCAAAUCCACGCCCAUGUUUCUUGUCUGGACAACACUGUCAACCUGAAGAUCUUGCUGCCUUUCUGGCUGCACGGUCCUAAAGUUGAAUAUACAACAUCAACAGCCAGAGUGCGACAAACACAACCCGGUUUCUGA